AUGGCUCUUUUGAUCUCACUUCCUGGAGGGACUCUGGCCAUGGCUCAGAUCCUGCUUCUUCUGCUGUCAGCAGCAUGUCUGCAUACUGGGAACUCAGCAAGAUACAUCCCAGGAAAGGACUAUGGAGUCAACCAACCAGCAAACCUCUCUGGAGUCGAGGGCAGCUCCAUUGAGAUCCCCUUCUCCUUCUACUUCCCCUGGAAGUUGGCCAAGAAUCCACAGAUGAGGAUAAGCUGGAGAUGGAAGGGCUUCCAUGGAGAAUUCAUCUACAAUUCCACCUCACCUUUCACACAUGAGCACUUCAAGGACCGGCUCAUCCUCAACUGGACACAGGGUCAGACAUCCGGAGUCCUCAGAAUCCUGAACUUGAAGGAGAAUGACCAGGGUACAUACUUCUGUAAUGUCUUGCUGAGUACAACAGAAGGCAUGAAGAGAUGGCAGUCGAUUCCUGUGACCCAACUCACCAUUGUUACACUCAGGACCACCAUGAGGAGCCCCUCCAUCUUCACCUCUGCAGUCACCACAGCAGGCCUGGAGGACACAGGGGGACAGAGGGAUCCUUCACUGCUGAUCCUGGGAGUCAUGCUCUCAGUCAAGGCUGUAGCCAUGAUCCCCAUCUACGGCUGGAUGAUCUUCCUGUGGUGGAAGCAAAGGUAA